AAUUACCUAAGAAAGUAUAUAAAAGAGACAGAGUCUUAUAAUGGAUUAACUUUAGAGAGAAUUAUAUCACUGAUUUACUUCAAAUGCAAAGCUCAAUAGACAAAAGGACAAGAUCUCAACAAAAAUUUGAGUACAUUUCGUUCACUGUGGGACAAAAAGGGCAUUGGGUCACUUGCUCUUUUUUUUUCAUGUACUCAAGACUUCUUUUCGUUCAGCAGCGAUACUCAGUUAGGAUGCGUGUACCUCAGUUCUGUCACUGUUAGCAUGUCCGAUACAAGUACGGAUCAACUAUUAUUUUUUAGCUUUGCACAAUUUCAGUGUUGAACAUACCUUAAACAGCCCUUGUUGGUGCACUAUGUCGAAUACAGAUGACAGAGAUCUAUCCCUUUUGAUCUGUUCUACACUAAAUAACUUUGGAUUUAAAAAAGAAAAUGUACGUUUUCGGUCUAAAUGCGUUAUGUCAGACGAAGUGAUGAAAAACAAUAAUGUGCGAAAGAAAUUAGGAUCCCCACAUGCAUAUAUCAUAUCAGUGGGAAGUGCCGGGGAAGGUGUAAAACUGUCAGACAGUGAUUUUGAUAGGAUGUUUGUUCGUGACGAUAUAAUCUGUCUUGACAAAGGGGAUACUGUUGAAAACUUAACUAUUCUUGAAGCUGAUAAUUCUAACACAGCACCUGGGUAUACAAAGGUUGUUCUUACAAAUACAUUAGUUAGAUCUUAUGCUGGGAUGAAACUACAUUUAAGCACUUGUGGCUAUGCAACUUCUACUGGUGGACAUUCAUAUCUUUCCAGUGCAAAAUACAGAAGUUUGAAUUUUAAUUCGUAUAAGACAUUUACACAGAAUGAUGCACUUACUGAAUCUGUAACUACCAACGGUCCAGCUGUGACAGUAAAAAUGUCUGACAAUUUAACAAAUUUUGAAGGAGAUGUUGUUUAUUCUUUAUUUUUCUAUGGAAGUGAACACUUGCGUACGUGGGCAAAUAGGACAAGGUAUUACACUUGGCCAUCUAGUGAGUGUGUAAGAGAAAUUUCGGGAAUGGAAGGAUAUCUUGUUCCUGUUGGUGAUAAACAAAGCGCUCAACAAGACUUAGAAUGGCGAAUAUGUUACACUACUGCUGAGAAAGAAUUAAUUGCUAGUCUAAAUGAUAUACAAAUUAAAGUGUAUGUUUUGUUAAAAAUGGUAGCAAAAUCUGUCUUAAAACCGGUAUGUAAAGCUCUAACAUCGUAUGUCGUUAAAAACGUAGUCUUUUGGAUAAUGGAAGGAACGGAUCAACAAAUUCUUUCUCCAGAUAUUAUAGUGAAUCUAAUACAAAAAUCACUGUAUUUCAUAAAAUACUGUUUAGAAAAUAACCACUUUCCAAACUAUAUGAUUCCCGAAAGAAAUCUUUUAAGAGGUGCUGUAAAUAGCAUGGAGAAACAAAAUGUGCUAAACUUCCUUUCUGACUGCUUAAGAGAAGGCGGAACUGUUCUACUAAGGGUUCCAAAAUUGUAUCGGUGUGUAUCCUACAGCAUGACUUAUCCUGAAAAUGUGAUUAAGUAUGGAAAAUGGAGAGAUGAGGUAGAAAAGCAAAUGUAUCUUCUGGAAUUGCGGAAAUAUGAAAUAACUGAUCCAAUUUCCAGCAUUUCAAACUUAUCUGAAUGGGAGAAUUUGAUUUCAACCGUAAAUAACGAUGCCAGACUAGAAGGACCUAAGAUUGAAAUGUUUUCGCUAGUCGUACCAGACGCAAUACCUCUUUUUAUCUCAGGAAAAGAAGUUUGAGAACUACGGGAGGUGUUUGAAAAAAGGCUGAAAUUGAUUUCUCUACUGUAAUCUCGAACAAUGUAAUCGGAACUAAGCGCGGUUUUAUGCAACAGUCAGGAACUGACUCAUUGACAUACCAAAUGACUAAUCUAACAAUUCUAAUAAAUGUAUAAAUGGAAACCAAUUUUCAUGUGAAUGGCUAAAUAUAACUGCGGUUAAAAUAACUAAUUGAAAACUUAAUUUUCCGCUCACAGUUUCUAAGAAUAUUAAGAAACAAAGAUUAGAAUCAGUUUUGAGUAAUGUAAAAAAGCAGUGCAUCUUUUGCAUUGGUAUUAAAAUGAGAUGAA